CCGGGGGCGGGGGGCGGGGGCGGACUCAGGGCAGGUCUGGGACCAUCCCCGCGUUCUGCGCCCGGGGUCCCGUGUCCGUGACACUGAGCCGUACAAGCCGGUGUUGCGGCGGCGCGGGCACGGUUGCCAUUUGUUAGAGGCUCCUUUCACGGGGUAGCGUUUUCAGGUGUGUGUCAGCGGCUUGGGAAAAGGGUAGUUAGUUAACUUGUGUUCCUUUUGCUAGCAGUUUCUCUAGGCAAACUACAGACAUAUUGUCCGCAAAUGCAUUGAGUACCCAUUUCAUUUCACUUCAUGGUGUUGACAUAGGGAGAGAAACCGAUUUAGGUCCCAUUUCCUCACGCCUCUGCCUAAGGCCUAGUCUUCACAUAGAUUUUGUAUUGGUAUUGGGUUGCUUGGGGAUGAGGGUCUUUUACCAGUAUAUAGUUAUACCAGUACAAGCGCUUAGUAUGAGCCCAUUUAUCCUGGUAUACAUCAUGGUGCUUAUAUCAGUAUAGCUUAGCCCCCUUUCUGCAUGGCAGUGAUUCUCAAACUUUUUUAGGGGUGACCCCUUUCAUGUAGCAAGCCUCUGAGUGUGACCUCUCCCCCGAAUCAAUUAAAAAUGCUUUUUAAUAUGUUUAACACCGUUAUAAAUGCUGGAGGUAAAGUGGGGUUUGGGGUGGAGUCUGACAGCUCGCGACCCCCCAUGUAAGAACUUCACGAUGCCUUGAGGGGUCCUGACCCUCAGUUUGAGAAGCCCUGCGGGAAUAAGCUAUACUAGUAUAAACAGAUUUAUAUCAGUAUAACGGUGGCUGCACUUGUGUGUACCACUUGAAUUAUACCAGUAUUGUUAAAGAGGUGCAACUUUUGUGUGUAGACAAGGCCUGUGUGUGGGCAAGAUUAGGCCAUAGAGUCUGAAAGGUAUUAUCCACCCAGUUAUAAAAAGAUGGUUGUUUUCAUAAGAGAAAUUUCUGAAAAUCUAAUAACAAAACUACUCUGUACUUUAAAGGAUUUUAAGUAAUGGCCCCUGGAAACAAAUUCAAGUAUUCUGAACUGAUAUUACUGUGUGAAUGGGAAGAAUGCCUUUUUGUAGGAAAAUGCAUGGAGGAAUUUUGUGAUCACAUUGCAGAACACUUGAAAGAUUAUCGACAACAUCCUCUGGAAAGAACAGAGCAGUACCAGUGUUGGUGGAGAAAUUGUGAAUUUUUGGCUACAGGUCCCAGGGAGCUGGUAACCCAUGUAAAUUUUCAUAGUUACCACACCAAGUUGAAAUUCUUAGGCUCUCAAUUAAGUGCAUCGCACCAAGAUUGGCCAGCAUGUUCCCAGAACAGCCAUACCCAGAAUCAGAUACCAAGGAUUUCAGAGAUGUAUGUUUGCCAUUGGGAGAAUUGUGAUUGGACAAUGUCUGUAUCAAGAGUCGUUUGCGGUGUUGUUGUACCCCUGUUGGCUGUUGAAGAAGAGCUCUUGGUUACCUACAACAACCCAGAAUGGUUUUAUCGGCAUGUUGCCAUGCAUGCAUACUCUACUGAGAGAGAAAACAUUCCAAGUCACAAGAAAGCUGUUUGUUGUUGUCACUGGAAAGAUUGUUCAGGAACUUUUAAAGGAAAGCACAAGCUAUGGGAUCACUUAAGAACCCACACUCAAGAAAGAGUGGUGGCCUGUCCCUCUUGUGGAGCGAUGUUCUCCAAUAAUACCAAGUUUUUUGAUCAUGCCAAGCGACAGGUUUCAGAGGAUCAACAAGUAUUUGUUUGUCAGAAUUGUGACAAACACUUUGCCAAUGAGAGAUUACUACGAGACCAUAUGAGAGUACAUGUUACCCAUGUUACAUGUCCAUUUUGUGACAUGGUAUGUACAAGUGUCUCCUCUCUGAAAGCACACAUCAGAUUCCGACACUGUGAUGAACGCCCUUUCCACUGUGAUCUCUGUGAAAGUAGUUUUAAGAAUGCUUAUGAUCUUCAUAAACAUGUUGAAACACACAAUGAUUCAAAUGCCUACAGCUGCGAUGUAGAAGGAUGUGUUUUUACUUCACGGACUUCACAGAUCUUGAGACAGCAUUACAAGAGAGCACAUAUGAAUAAUGGCAAUCUAAAAUAUAAAUGUCACAUCUGUCAGAAAUGUUUUUCCUGGUGUUAUACAUUGACUCUGCAUCUUCGCAAGGCACACAAACUCAGCUGUCAUUCUCGCUUCAGAUACAAAGAAGAUGAUGAUGGGUACUUGAGGCUGAAUGUAGCAGUUUAUAAUGCUGUCGUGGGUUUAGAUCAGGGUCUGGAAAACAAGAUGGCACCAAAGAAGUCUUCAGUAGUUCAAAACAGUACUGGAAAAGAGAGCUAUGCCUCUUGUGAAAGAAGCCAUUCAUUAGUGGAACUACAUUCCACAAGAUGUCAGAGAUGGUCACAAACUACUGCAGAAAAGGUUAUGGUAGAAUCAGAGACCUCCAUUAAGGAACCAGUGUAUUUUGAACUUCAAACUACACCACAGUCAUUUGAAAGCUCUGCUGCUCCCUCUGAACUUGAUGAAGCAAUGACAUUGAAUACAAAGGAAAAAAUAAUAGAAAUUGCAAUGGGCUUGGGAAUUCAGAUUGCUGUUUAAGAAAAAUGCAUUUUCUUGGAUUUUACCUUGGUCCCUAUUUAGUACUCCUGGAAGAGUUAAUUAUUUUAACUAAAUAUGACAUUUACAAAGAGUCUGCAUUGUUUUCACUUGUCACAUUUUGUAUGUAACAUUGUGUAUGUAUUUGUUAAAUAUGCUAAAUAAACUAAAUUUAUUUUAUCUGAAUAUAUGAUAGUAUACCAGAAAGGUUUUGCUGUAUGUUCAAUAUGCGAUACUAACUCAUCAAACAAGAAGGUAUUGGAUUUCAUUAAUCUGUGUGCUCUUGUAGCCUGUAUAUACAAAGGAAAUAAAGCUAUCCCUCAGAGGCAAAAUUGUGAGCCAGUACCUAGACCAGAGGUGGGCAAACUACGGCCCAUGGGCCACAUCCAGCCUGUGGGACCCUCCUGCCCAGCCCCUGAGCUCCUAACCUGGGAGGCUAGUCCCCAGCCCCUCCCCUGCUGUUCCCCCUCCCCGGCAGCCUCAGCUCACUGAGCCGCCGGCACAAUGCUCUGGGCGGCGGGGCAGCGAGCUCCUGGGGCAGCGCAGCUGCAGAGCCCGGCCUGACCCGGUGCUCUGUGCUGCGCAGUGGCGUGGCUGGCUCCAGCUGGGCAGCGCGGCUGUAGCACCGGCAGCCACCGGUGCUCCAGGCAGCGCGGUAAGGAGGAAGGGAAG